CGUGUGAAUCCAGAUCACAGGACCCAUAAUCAUUGAGCGCUCCGAGCUCGCUCUACAAAUCAUGCUCGGGACUACGGUGCUCUUCGGGCUGGCAGCACUCUGGCUCAACGAUCUUCGUGGAACUUCACCAAGGAGCCCCAACUCCAUCGCCAGCAUCGUGGGAUUCCUCGCUGGCUCGGAACUGUGUGAUGGACCGCAUCCCCUGAUUUUAGAACAUGCGCUUCCCCCGAGUAAAGCGCAGCAGGACGAGCUGUUCAAUGGCUGAAUGUUCCGUCUGGGCUGGUGGAACGUGAAGAGACGAACCAGUCGAGCAUCCAUUUGCAGUGGUGAUGAAGCGGCGAAUGGCCUCCUUCCGG